GUGAACUUUUUUUCUCUCAUCUUUUUCUUUUCUUUUUAAAUUGCAGUUUCAGCUGCUGGCAACUCAGAUUAAAAAAGCACAGCACCAAGGUUUCUCUUUCCUCUCAUUAGACGCACAAUAUUCUAAGAAGAGAGAGACAUUGUGCCAUGUUAAAUGCAAAGUCUUCUUCCUCUGAAUUUCCCCUUUCACAAACCCAAGACACAUGAAAAUGCAACCAUAACCUCCAUUUUUUCUCCGACCUCAGUUUCUCCAAAAACUUCAGAUCUUUCUGUGAGAACUGAAAAUCCCACAUUGAUCUUCGCUAGUUGAAACGUGAAAAUGAGAGACUUUGUUACUUGCUUCAGCGAGAACGCUGUAGGCGUGUCUCAUUCUUCAAUCUCGUGUUCUUCUUAUUCGAACAACGCAUGCAUCUCUCCCUCCAACGUUGCACCCUCCACCCAGAACUCUGUUUCCAGCGUCUACAAGCUUGUUCUCUCCACGUUAAAGCAAAUUCUGGUCACAGUCUCAUGGUGUAGGAGCCACUCCAACCAAGGACUCGCCAUAACCUUCAACCACGAGGACCCUCCACCCUUUAGACUCAACACCACCAAUUCACGUUUUCUCAGGAAGAAAAAGGGCACCAAAAUCCUCGAACCCUUUUCUUCUGACUCGUCCAAGGUCGAAAUUUUGUGGGAUCUUUCAAACGCCAGGUACGAAUCCGGCCCCGAACCCGUUCAAGGCUUUCACCUUGUGAUCAUCAUUGACUCGGAAAUUGGCCUGGUUCUCGGUGACACCGCUGAAGAAACAGUUCUUUUCAAGAAGCUCAAUUACAGAAGCAACAACAUAAACACGGGUUUGGCUAAGGUUUCUCUUUUGUCACGAACAGAGCAUUGUUCUGGGAGCACCCUUUACUCGACCAAGGCUCAGUUCUGCGACACCGGCACGUGCCACGAUGUUAUGAUCAGAUGCAGUAUGGAGAAGGAGAAUGAAGGGUUGUUCAAGUCACCGGUUUUGUGCGUGUGCAUAGAUAAGAAGACCGUGAUUCGUGUGAAGAGGCUGCAGUGGAAUUUCAGGGGGAAUCAAACGAUUUUCGUUGAUGGGUUGCUGGUUGAUUUGCUUUGGGAUGUUCAUGACUGGUUCUUCACCCCUUCUUCUUCUUCAUCUUCUUCUGGGUAUGCAGUGUUCAUGUUCAGGACUAGGAGUGGCAUGGAUAGCAGGUUGUGGUUGGAGGAAAAGAAUGCACAGAAAGAUAAAGACAGGGUUGAAUUCUCCUUGUUGAUCUAUGCAUCUAAGACUACAUAAAGGAACUCAAAUUGUUCUUCUCAUUCGCUUUUUCUUAACUUCUUUUUUCGUCUCUUUAGUUUUUCCUUGCCUUAACUCUUCUUUUCUUUCCCUUCCUCUCGUAAGGAAACAUACCCUUUUUUUCUAAGAGAAACACAAUAAUUUUCAGCAUCAGAAGUUUUAGUUAUACAAGAAAAAAUUGCAUUUUUCUCCCUAGUUUAGUUUGGUGUCGAAACUGUCAAACUCUGGCAAACCAUCUUUGAUAUAUCGGUCAUGUAAUUUAGAAUCCAUAACCUUUGAACUCGAAAUUUCCAUCGGAAUCAUCCAAUCCCCAAGACUAAGUCCACUCUAUCAAAUUAACAACUACAACUUAUUAUCUUAUCAGUCAUUGUAAUUUGUAAAAUGCUGUCGUUUUUCUGACCCGUUUGGAGCUGAUUGUGUUAUAAUGUUGAAUUGGUCUUCAACUGAACAUGAGCAUGAAGCAGUAGGAAAAAGGUCCAAGUUUUAUUCUUUUCUGGUUUAUGACUUGGACACAGACGAAAUUCAGCUAAAAGGGUAAUAAUGGAGGAGUUUGAUUGUCAUGGUUAAAUUGGCAAGCCUUUUAUGGGAAACAAAGUUAAAAGAGUAUUGUGAGUGGAAAUGGAAUGAAGCAUAUCUUGACCAGUCUUC